AUGGAGUUGCUGAACUGGGUAUUCCAUGAUGUGUUGGAUAAGUAUAUCAUCGUCUUCAUUGAUGACAUCCUGAUCUACUCCAAGAGUGAAGAGGAGGAUGUCGACCAUCUUCGUUUGGUACUACAAUGCUUAAGGCAUAAGCAAUUGUAUGCCAAGUUUAGUGAAUGUGACUUAUGGCUACAUCAAGUAGCAUUCCUGGGACACCUUGUCUCUGCCAAGGGUAUUAAAGUUGAUCCUUGCAAAGUGAAGUCGGUAGUUGAUUGGGAGACAUCCAAGAAUGUGGCUGAUAUUCAUAGUUUCUUGGGCCUAGCUGGUUACUACAGGAAUAUCAUUGAGAACUCCUCGAGGAUUUCGGCCCCGAUGACAUAA